UGCUUUGGCAGACGUGGCACCGGGAACUCGGAGGCGGGGAGCAGUUGGGAAGUGGUGGCGGUGGUGGCACCCAGCGAAGCUGCGGUCGCGGGAGCCCGAGUGGGGACCGGAGCCGGCUGGGGGCAGCGGCAGCAGGGAUGGCGCGGGUCGUGCCGGCGUGGCUGCUCCUGCUGCUGGCGGUCUGGGUGGUCCUGCCGAUGUGGCUGUCUUCUGCAAAGUUCUCCUCGCUCAUCGACAGAAUCUCUGACCCCAAGGACUUGAAAAAACUUCUCAGGACGCGGAAUAAUGUACUGGUGCUUUACUCCAAAUCUGAAGCUGCAGCUGAAAGUCACCUCAAGUUAUUGUCUACUGUAGCCCAGGCAGUGAAAGGACAAGGCACCAUCUGCUGGGUGGACUGUGGUGAUGCAGAAAGUAGAAAAUUGUGCAAGAAGAUGAAAAUUGACCUGAGUGCAAAGGACAAAAAGGUUGAAUUAUUCCAUUACCAGGAUGGUGUGUUUCAUACUGAAUAUAACCGAGCUGUGACAUUUAAGUCCAUACUGGCCUUUCUUAAGGAUCCCAAAGGGCCCCCACUGUGGGAGGAAGAUCCUGGAGCCAAAGAUGUUGUCCACAUUGACAAUGAAAAGGACUUCCGUCGGCUCCUGAAGAAGGAAGAGAAGCCGAUCCUGAUGAUGUUUUAUGCUCCAUGGUGCAGCGUGUGCAAGAGGAUAAUGCCGCACUUCCAGAAGGCUGCGACCCAGCUGCGGGGCCAGUUCGUGCUGGCCGGGAUGAAUGUCUACCCCUCGGAAUUUGAAAACAUCAAGGAGGAGUACAGUGUGCGUGGCUACCCCACCAUCUGCUAUUUCGAGAAAGGACGGUUUCUGUUCCAGUAUGACAGCUACGGGUCCACAGCUGAGGACAUUGUGGAGUGGCUGAAGAAUCCGCAGCCGCCACAGCCCCAGGUCCCCGAGACUCCCUGGGCAGAUGAGGGCGGCUCCGUUUAUCACCUGAGCGAUGAAGACUUUGACCAGUUUGUGAAGGAACACUCCUCUGUGCUCGUCAUGUUCCACGCCCCAU